UUUUUUUGCAAUAGUCAAGCUUCUUAGUUACGAAGGUGUGAAGAGGUUAUUCUCAGUGCGAAAAAAAUAAGAAAUAAUAAUAAAAUAAAAAACUAUAAAGAGAAAGAAAAGCUCGCGCGGUGUCUCGAGAAUUAAAGUGUGUAGUUGAAAUUUACCCAAGGCAAAUAUAAAGAAAAGAAUGAAAUGAUUGCACAAUCUUAAAUAAAAAAAAAUUCAUCGUCAGCUACAUGUGUCGAAGCAAGAGCUUAUAGCCAAUUUUCGAAAAUUAUUGUUGAGGGAUUGGCAUUAAAUAGCAGAAAUCAAGAGUGAUUUAAAAGGUGAAUAAAAUUUUGUGAAGCAACAGCAGCAACGGCAACAUCAACAAAAUUAAAAAAAAAAGGUGUAAAGAAAUAAAAUUAAGAAAAGGAAACAAAACUAAUAUGUUUAAUCUUUGAUAAGAAGAAGGCAUAUGUAUGUAGUGUUGAUAUCAUGGUGUAAUAAGUGUACAGUUUAAGUGACUAAUUAAGUAGUCAAAAAGUAGAUAUAAAAGAUUCAAAUCAAAGAGGGAAAUAAAAAAGAAAAAAUUAAACGACUUUGAAGAAAACAUUUACAAGUUUUCGUCUUCGCAUCAAAGGUGCUUUUAAGUCUAGUCACGGUGGCAGCGUCGUCGGAAAGGAAGGUCUCGACCGAACGAGGCCAUUUGACGAUGAACGAAAGCGCCACCACCAACAAUCGUCGAGGAUCAGUCGAGGGAGUCGUCCAACGUUGUGGGUUAUGUUCACUGUUAACGAGUCUUUUAAGAAGGGCGAUGUGUGUUGGAUCGCGACGUGGUAGUGGGGAGUCUUACUACCAGGAAUUAGCUGAUACAAUGGCACCGGAAGCUAUAACUGAUUCGUCAAAGGACCCAAUCUAUAUCCGUUUAAUACUCGUUGCCUACCUCAACAUCGAAACAACUCAAACGAGAGCAAACAAAACAGAGGCAGGCAUCAAAAAGCGAUUUUUCAUUAUGUCAACUUUACACAAUUCAACUUUCAAUUGA